AUGGACACAGAAAACAUCCACGGCUUUGUGGAGUCUCUUAAUUCUAGCAUCGCCGAUUUGAAGGCUGAGAUUGAGCCUGUUUUGAGCACACUGCUUGAGGACAAGAUUUCACACUGUGAACUGGUACUGGACCAAAUCAAGAUCUACAAUUCUCAUCUAUACUGUGUCAUUUCUAUUCUUUACUGUUACAUUAAAGUGCUAGGAGUCAACACCGAUGAGCACCCUAUAAUGAAAGAACUUACGAGGAUAAAGCAGGUGAUGAAGUCUGUGAAAGAGGUGGAAGAGUCGCUCAAAAACAAGGACGAAAAGGACUUAAAGUCUCAGGAACAGGCCAAGGAGUUCCUUCAGCGGACUUUAGGAACGAAGGUUGGUGCUGCUGUCACUGAAAACAUGAAGAGCCCAGCCAUUAGUUCUGCUAAUUUCAAGGGUACUCACACGAAGUUUAAGGAUGAAGAAUGGGAGACCUCGGAAAAACCAAAGCCAUAUAUCGCUGCCAGUGGCUCCAAGUCGGGAAACGCAUCAAGGUCCAAGGCCACUAAGGCAACUACAAAGAGCAAUAGCAAACCUUCAGGCAAGGUUACCAAACCUAAAAAUGGAAGAAGAUAG